AGCAAACCAGUUAAAGUCAAGAUAUCUGGGGAUGGAGCAAGAAUGACCAGAAACUCCAUUUUCAUUUUACUGGGUUUUGCAUUUUUGCACUUUUGCAAGCUAGAGAUGAUGGGAAUCACACAAUCCCCAUUGUGAAGGGGAAGGAAGACUACCAAACAUUGCAAAUAUCCUUCGCAAAUGUCUUCCAGGACAUUAAUUUUGUAACAAAUGAAAAGAAAAUUGCAAGCCAUGAGAUAACAGUAGAUCUUGAAUUUUUAUUGGAGGUGAUUACAAGUUUAUUUUACUUAGGAUGGGUUUAAAGGGAGCAACAUCACAUUAUGCAUGUGCAUGGUGCAAGCUACAUGAAGAUGACCAUUGGAAUAUGGAAUUUGAAUUAAACUAUUACCAGUCUGCCUAG